AUGGAUUUGAAACCAGCCCCAAGCGGAGAGGAUUCGUUGAAAUCCCCCGUGGUUGAAGUGGAGGCUGUGGAGGCGGACGCUGUGGACAUGGCCAACGCGGAUCUCGCAGUAGAUGCGAUGUUCUCCGACCUGGAAUCGGACAGCGAGGACUCCGACUGGGACAAUUUGUCCAACUGCGACGAUGCGAUUCAGAUUCUGCGCGACGACCAGAUUCGUGACGGACUCGUCCCCGGCGCCUGUACUUUAGAGGAGGCGACGACCUAUCGACAACGGUUACAUGCGAUCGGCAAGGCAGCCUUUGUGGAGGAAACCAUCGUGCGCGAAACCGUCACGGCCAAAAAGCUUUGUACCGCGUUUGGGAUCGUGCCCCCGGCAUUCCUGGACGGCGCCCCCGAUGAGGCCUAUCACUCCCUCCUGGCGAUCGCGAUCUCGCGCGAGUUCUCUCGUCGGCCCAAGCUGCCCGAAUAUAACACAGUCGACGAUGCGGUGCGACUCCUUCGCGAGUCUCGGAACAUCAUCGUCUUGACGGGCGCGGGGGUAAGCACCUCGGUCAACCCGAUAUACUUCGUGUUGGGUCUCCUUUGGUUUGCCGGUAGACUGACCUGGUCCUGA